GCAGCCCAUAUCGAAUAAAUAUUUGAUAUAAAUCGGCUUUGACAAGUUUGCAGCUGUCAGUGGCAUUUGAGCUGGCGACGUACAAAGAUCAUCAUAUAAGAUAGCGCGCAGCAUGGGCAACGUACUGGAAACGAAAAUGUCCUGCGAGAGGCCGGUGGCUGUGGUCCAACCCAUGCCAGCGGAGGAGCCGGCGUCUCCCAGGGACGAGGCGGAGGCGUGUCCCAGGGCAAAUGUCACCUUGCAGUUGUUUAACUAUCGCCAGCAAAUGGCGCUCAAGGAUCACCAGGUGGUCAAGUGGGCCACAUCGAAGCUGCUGCUCACCGAGGAGCUGCUGAAGCAACAGGAUCUGCCGCAACAGCAGCAGCAGCAGCAACAACAACAACAACACAAAAAGCAGCUCGACAUGCCAGACCUGAGCAUCGAUGAGGACGACGAUGCUGCGUGGGCGGAACGCCAAUUGGCCAUGUUAACGGACGACGAGGAUGAUGUCGAGAAUGCUGAGAACCUGUCGCCCAUGGACCAGGGAUUGGACAUUGAGCUGAACCACCUCAUCAAAUACAGACUAAAGCUCCGCAACACCAUUGUCGAGGUGGCCCAGGAGAAGAUGCGCAAGCGUGAGAAGACGAAGCUGAAGCGUUUGAAACGCCGCACACUCAUCUCCUCGAAGAAGCCCAGCAACAAGGACAAGCAUCGGCGCUCAUAUUAGAGGGUUAGAGUUCCAUUAUUCUUUGUAUAUAUGUUUGCAUAUAGCUAUAGUUAAUAUUAUUAU